AUGGAUGCGAACAGGCGCCAGAGUGGAAUUCAGCAGUUGUUGGCUGCAGAGCAAGAGGCUCAGCAGAUUGUAAAUGCAGCUAGGGCUGCUAAGUCAGCAAGGCUUAGGCAAGCCAAGGAGGAGGCUGAGAGGGAAAUAGCUGAAUACCGUGCCCAGAUGGAGGCUGAAUUCCAGAGAAAGGUUGCAGAGAGCAGCGGUGACUCUGGUGCAAAUGUUAAACGUCUUGAGGAAGAGACAGCAACAAAAAUUGAACAACUCAAUCAACAGGCUGCAAGCAUAUCCCCAGAAGUCAUUCAGAUGCUUCUGAGGCAUGUCACCACUGUGAAGAACUGA